GACCAGCUGCAGAUGCGCCUCUGAACGCGGAGGAAAGAGGAGGUUGUCAGCGCGGGGGACUUUUAAAAAAAAAGCUCUCACCUGGUGAAUUUGGCCUCAUUCGAAAAAAUAAAAAAACCAAUGGCAAAAUCUUGACGUUACGCGCGGGGUCCGAUGUUAUUUCUCAUUCUGCGUGAUAGGAGCAAACGCGCGCAUAUUCCCAUUUGCAUGUCGCGCGCUCUCCGCUCUCUGGAGCACUGCGCUAUAGAUGAACGGAAUACAUGUCGCGAUAUCCAGCGGAAUGACUUAUGUUAAAACGGCUGAAGUGGAUGAGACCAAUGAUGCCAGCACAUGAUGCUCAGAGUGUGCUCAUCUGCAAUAUUACAGGAAAUGAAUAGCCUUCCUUCUGCCUAGUCGACCUUCUCACCUUUGUCUGUCUAGCCUGUAGAAUUUCAUACUCCACCUUUAAUCUGAAUAAAGGGAGACUUUGAGUGCACAUCACUCAGGGCCUAGGAAAGAAUCACUGUUGGAUUCAGACGUGAUCGCUACAGGCACAAAUGGUUGAUUAUUUUUAAAGUGAAGUGCUUUUGCCACACAAUCUUCAAGGACUAACUACUUACUGGUGGGAACUGUCAACAUGAAGGACAUAUCAUUUGUGGAUUAUUUGCUAGUGGGCCUUACAGUAACUACUUUUGUUCUUGCUGCAGAAGAAAGAGUCGACUGUCCCAAGCUUUGUGUAUGUGAAGUUAGACCAUGGUUUUCUCCUAGCUCUGUCUAUAUGGAGGCUCCUACUGUUGACUGUAAUGACCUGGGACUUUAUAACCUACCCAAAAAAUUGCCAGCUGAUACACAAGUCAUUUUACUGCAGACCAACAACAUUGCUAAAAUUGAGAACCCUUUGGAUUACCUGCUUAACAUUACAGAGAUUGAUCUCUCACAAAACAACCUGUCCUCAGUAAGUGAUGUCAAUUUGGGACACCUCUCUCAACUUUUGUCCCUACACAUGGAGGAAAACUGGAUAUGUGCCCUACCAGACAACAGCCUCUCUCGACUGAUCAACCUUCAGGAGCUCUACCUGAACCACAAUCUUAUCUCCUUCAUUUCUCCAGAGGCUUUCCGUGGACUUCAGAGCUUGGUGAGACUGCAUCUCAAUUCCAAUCAGCUUCAGAGUAUCAGCAGCAAAUGGUUUGAGCCCUUACUGAAUUUGGAGAUCCUAAUGAUUGGGGAAAAUCCUGUCCUCUCCAUUCAGGACAUGAACUUCAAGCCUCUGAGAAACCUGCGGAGUCUGGUCCUUACUAGGAUGAACCUUUCACAGAUACCAGAUUAUGCACUUCUAGGCCUUGAUAAUCUGGAGAGUAUCUCAUUCUAUGACAAUGCAUUCCCAAAGGUACCCCAUGGUGCUCUAGGGCAUCUUAAGGGCCUAAAGUUUUUAGACCUUAACAAGAAUCCCAUCGGGCGAAUUCAGAGGGGCGACUUCGUGGACAUGCUCCAUCUUAAAGAGCUGGGCAUUAAUAGCAUGCCUGAGUUGGUGUCCAUCGAUAGUUUUGCCCUCAACAACCUCCCAGAGUUGACUAAAAUCGAAGCCACCAACAAUCCUAAACUUUCUUACAUCCAUCCAAAUGCAUUUUAUAGGUUGCCAAGGAUGGAAACUCUAAUGUUGAAUGGUAAUGCUUUAAGUGCCCUGCACAGGAUCACGGUGGAGUCCCUUCCAAACCUCCGGGAGGUUAGCAUGCACUCUAACCCUAUCCGCUGUGACUGCGUCGUACGAUGGAUGAACAUGAACAAGACCAACAUCCGUUUCAUGGAGCCCGACUCCCUGUUCUGCGUGGAACCCCCGGAGUAUGAAGGUCAGCAUGUGCGACAGGUUCACUUCAGAGAGAUGAUGGAGAUUUGUCUCCCUCUCAUCUCUUCAGAGAGCUUUCCCACACAAAUCAGCAUAGACAGUGGAAAAUCUGUGUCUCUGCACUGCCGUGCCUUCGCUGAACCAGAGCCAGACAUAUACUGGGUGACUCCAACUGGGAGAAGGAUCCUUCCAAAUGCUGUGGCUGAUAAAUUCUACAUGCACCCUGAAGGCACACUUGAUAUUUAUGACAUCACUGAGAAGGAGGCUGGAUUGUACACCUGUGUGGCACACAAUCUUGUGGGGGCCGACCUUAAAUCUGUCUCGGUGGAGGUGAAUGGCUACUUCCCAUUGCCUGUCAAUGACUCACUCAAUGUCAAUAUCCAAUCUGUGCAGACCAAAUCUGUAUUGAUAUCCUGGAAAGCAUCUCAUGGUAGCUUAUCACCAAACAUUAGAUGGAAUACGAUGCCCAGUGAAAAUCAUCCAACUGUGGCAUUCACAGCUAGGGUGCCAUCUGACGUGACAGUGUACAAUCUCACACAUCUCAGCCCUGCUACACAGUACAAAGUGUGCGUGGACAUUCAUAGCAUCCACCAUAAACAUGACACAAAAUGUGUCAAUGUUAUAACUAAAGGAUUAGAACAAGCCGUAAAGGACUCGGAAAGGUGGGAUGUGGCAUUGAUUGCUGCUUUUGGAGUGCUUUUCAUUGUGAUGUCAAUAGCUGGCUUUCUGAUUUAUGUCUUCAUGAGAAACCACUACUUUUAUGAAGAUUUGAGGCAAUACCCAUCCAAAAUGGCUCUGAUGCCUGAGACCAGGCUGAAAUCUCCCUUUACAAGGCUCUGGAUUUCUGGGAAAGGGAUGCCAGAUGCUGUUGAGGUGAAAGCCACAUUCAUAAAUGUGUUGGACAACGACUUUUAAACUAUCCAUGCUGAGGACCACAAAUAUGAUGAGGACCACAAAUAUGAUGAGCAAACUGACAAGGCGAGAGUGGAGAACUUACUGUUCCAACUUGCGGUUUAUCUUUUUGCUUGGACACAGACAUCACAUACAAAUAGAAGGCAUGUCUGCACAUUUAACUAGCUCUAUAGCCCCACAACAUGAGCUGUCAGACAUGGCAAUGAAAUGGUGGCAACUACCCAGAGAUAGUGGGAGAGACUUGCUGCUAAAAUAUGCAGUGUUAUAUUUCUAGGUCAUUUACUGAGAACAGAUGCUGUUAAGACAUCGGUAAGGUGUUGUUUCUCAUACCUGACUGUUAAAUGUGUAAAGAGUAGUGGAAAAGUCUUUGUGGUCCCAAGCAAUACAGUCUGUGCUGUAUGACAACAAUAGGCAAGUUAGAGAGACCGAUUGUUUGUUAAGAAGGAAAUCUCAUAGAAUAGAAGGUUGCUGUGAUUAUGAUGUGAACUUCUGAUGAAAUAUGUUGUUUUUAUAUUUAAGAGAAGAUCUGUCUUUUCAUGGCUUAAAUUGUUAUAUAUUCUAUCCAGAAAUGUAACAGGUAUCUUCUGUGCAGUAGCCAGGCAGUUAACAAGUGUGAAUAACUUAAAGUAUGAAAGAUUCAACUUCAGUAACAAAACCACACAUUUGCUGAAUAAAACAAAAAAUGUACAUCUUAAGGAAUCAUAUAUAUAUAUAUAUAUAUAUAUAUAUAUAUAUAUGAUUAUAUUACUAUUAGGACUGGAUAUUGUUAAAAUGCAGACACCCUAAAAUAAUUUCUCAGACAUAAACUGCGCAAUGUUGACCAUGACAGGGUAAGUGCCUACUCCUGAAUUUUACACCAGAAAACCUUUUGAUGUUACUUUUAAUGUUUUUUGAGAGAUCCCUAAAGAGUAGAGCCAUGAUUCCAGCCUCACAUGCAAAUUUGUGGAAAUACAAUCUCAGUAUUUUAAGCAUUAACAUGAUUUAAAAGCAUUGCGUCCAUGCUUUGGGUGUGAAAAAUUAAAAGCCAUUUUUAUAUUGAUGGAGCUGGUCUACCCUAAUCGCAUUUUUUCAAUGAGACCAAUAUGCUUAAGGUAAUGUAAAAAUUAAAUAAAU